GCGCUUCCUCCUUCGCUCACUUUCGCUUCCGCCGGAGCGCGGGUCCCGCCGCCGCCCGAGCAUGGACGACCCGGACUGCGACUCGACCUGGGAGGAGGACGAGGACGAGGACGGCGAGGGCGCGAGCGCUGGGGGCGACGAGGACGGCGAGGCCGGCGCCCCAGGGGACGCGGACGCGGAGGACGAGGACGAGGACGAAGAGGACGCGCCGGCGGCGCGGCCCGGCGCGCUCCAGGCCAGGACGACGGGGUCCCGAAACUGGCGAGCCGCGCGCGACACACGCAGGUACCGGCACCACUACCCGGAUUUGAUAGAACGGGAUGGCAACGGUGACAUGCCAAACCUGAGUUUCUACAGAAACGAGAUCCGGUUCCUGCCCAACGGCUGUUUCAUUGAAGACAUUCUUCAGAACUGGAGGGAGGACUACGACGUCCUGGAAGAGAAUCACUCCUACAUCCAGUGGCUGUUUCCUCUGCGUGAACCUGGAGUGAACUGGCAUGCCAAGCCCCUCACGCUCCGGGAGGUUGAGGCAUUUAAAAGCUGCAAGGAGGUCAGGGAGCGGUUUGUGCAGGCCUACGAGCUCAUGCUGGGGUUCUACGGGAUCCAGCUAGAAGACAGGAGCUCGGGUCAGGUGCGCCGAGCACAGAACUACCAGAAGCGCUUCCAGAACCUCAACUGGUGAGGACCGCCCCUCCCCCACCACAACCUCCGCAUCACGCUCAU